UACUCUCAUUCUACUCUCCAAUACGCAUCAUGACAUUAAGCAACGAAAAAGGAGGGUCGACAUAGGCUCUUGACUAUCAGCGAAACAGAUUAUGGCAUCUUCUCUUGGAUUUUACACCAAUCAUGGCCGAAGCCCCGCUUACGCUUCUCCUGGAAUAUCUGGAUUCGAAUGCGCAGCCGACGUUUGUAGCGCACCUUUCGCAUACAGACCACACGUUGCAGGGGGCAGAGCAACACUCGAUCUUUGCGCACACCAAUCCUGCAUUGUCAAGACUGGGGCCUCUCCACACGGAGGUUGUUGAGCGAUUGCAACGCCCGGAUGAUUCGGAUCUGAUUGCUCUCGGCAGACCUUCUCAGACAGGCCGGAACACCUACAUUGCUUCAUUCUGUGGCAUCAUUUGGGCAGUCACGAUUGUCGGCAGCAAAUGGCUCAUAGCCGUAUCAACAGAAGAACAUUAUGGCCCGAACAAGAGUGAAGGCACCGGGUCUUCACAGGUGGUGCACUUGACGAAUGCUGCUGCUAGCAUCGAAGCAUCAGUCCCACACACGCCCGCGACUUCCAAUGCCUCUGCCUCCCUUGCCAAGACAAAUGGCCAAAAGCUCCUGUUGGGAGCCGUGAAACCCAAUGGCCACUUGUGUGACCUCGCGUAUCUCGAAUGGAUGCGACAGUAUGAUUGGGCGUCUUCACCAGUUGGCCCAGUUGACGAGUGGCCGGUUGCGCUUCGACACACAUGCGAGCUCGCUCUGGCAACUUCGGACCCGAUCAACAUAGUUUGGGGAGAUGAGUGCACCCUACUCUAUAAUCAAGCUUAUUCAGGCAUCGUCGGAGAUAAGCAUCCACGUGCGAUGGGCCGACCUCUCAAAGAAAAUUUUCCACAGUGGCCAGAGUAUCAUCGGAUGUUUGAUGAAAUGAAGAGAACUGGUCAGUACGUCGAGCAAGAGAAACAGCGACGGAUCCUUGUGCGUGACGGUAUCUCGCAAGAGUGUUUCUUCAGCUUUCUGCUGGCACCUAUCCUUGAUGCAGAUGGCUUCGUAGUAGGCUAUACCACACGCAUUAUUGAAAGAACGAGACAGAUUGUAUCCGAACGGAGAAUACAGAUCUUGGCCGACACCAACCAGGCAGUAGCGACGAUGUACACGACGCACGAUCUGUGUGCAGCUGCAGCUGCCGUACUUGACAAACACACAAGUGACAUUCAGUUCGCAGCCAUCUAUAGUACGCAGGCUAAAGAUGACACACUGGAAUUUGUGCUGGAAGCUACCGCAGGCAUGAGUAAGGAGGUUAGGGGUGCAGCAAAAACGGGCGAUCUCGGUACGGUGGACUUUGGUCUUCAUCGCGCCCUUCUUGACGCCUGCACAACUCGUGAGCUGAUUACUCUAUCGAUAUUUGAUGACAGCUUGAGUCAGACCACCCUGAAGCAGCUGGAGGACCAUGGUGCGCAACCCUCUCGGGAAAUCGUCAUACAUCCAUUGAAGUGCUUCGUCGAGGACAGCAUAGCCGCUGUCAUGGUCAUCGGGACCGGUCCGCUGAGAAAGUUUGAUGAAGAUUACCGAUCCUUUCUACGGCUGCUAACAAGGCAGAUCGAGAACGGAAUCAAUGUAGCCAAGGGUAUUAUCAAAGAGCAAGAGACUCACAGAAAACAGCUCGCAUCUGAACUGGACAGGAGAUUUUGGCGAUUUGCACAAGAUGCGCCUGUUGGGGUGUACAUGUUCAACUCCGAAGAUGUUUUGACCUUCUGUAACACGGCCUUCGAGGAAAUAUGCGGGAUAUCCAAAGAGACACUUGCUGAGCCAAAAGCUUGGAUGGAAAUGGUUCACCCGGACGGUGUUGCAAAUAUGCUUGCAACGUGGAAAAGUUACACCGACUCGAGACACGAGGGGCCACUCACAUUUGAAGCUCAGUUCAAAAAGCCAUGGGCCUCCAAAGGCGAUGGUGCGAAAGUGAUGCUAGAUCGGACAUACGCGCUGGGUAUUCUUCAGCCAGAGUACUCUGAUGAUGGUAGGCUCAAAGGAACUUUGGGCUGUAUCACCGACAUAUCGUCUGUUAAAUGGGCGGAAAAGAUGCAGUCUGCGCAACUUUCCGAGGCGAUAGAACAGAAGCGACAGCAAGAAAACUUCUUGGACGUGACGUCGCACGAGAUGAGAAACCCUCUUAAUGCCAUAUUCCAGUGCGCCUACGAACUCACGGAGAACAUCAAAUUCGAGCUAGACAAUUGUAAGAAUGAUCGAAGACAAGCCGAAGCGUUGAGCGAGUCUCUUGAUCUAGCGAUCACAAUUACAUACUGCGCCAACCACCAAAAACGGAUUGUUGACGAUAUCUUGACGUUAUCGAAGCUAGACGCGAGGCUUCUUCAGAUCUACCCAGAAAGCACAAACCCCAUCAGGAUGUUUAGGGAGAUUAUCGGGCUAUUUGCCCCUGAGAUAAGAGCAUCGGGCAUGAAUACAAAUUUCAUGGUUGCCGAGGGCUACAAUCGUCUGGAUCUCAAGGGUAUCAUGAUCGACCCCAAUAGAGUAACACAGAUUGUCAUCAAUCUCUUAUCGAACGCCAUCAAGUUUACAAAAAAAGGGAAGAAGCGGGAUCUCGAGAUGACGCUCAAUGCACAUUUGGAAGAGCCAGCGAACAAGCCCCUGAGCACUGAGUACGUGAUCUCAGGCGAUCAGCAUCAGGACCCCACCAACCGACCAGAAUGGGGACAGGGCGAGGUCAUUUACUUGUCUUUCUCCGUUAAAGACAGUGGUUUAGGAAUGACCCCAGAGGAGGCUAGUAACUUGUUCAAGAAGUUUGCGCAGGCUUCACCUCGUACGCAUACCCAGUUCGGUGGAUCCGGUCUAGGUCUUUACAUCUCGCGCAACCUUGCUGAGCUGCAUGGUGGACGCAUAGGUCUCAGAUCACAAGCUGGAUUCGGGAGCACAUUCGAAUUCUACGUCAAAGUCCGUCGGAGCGAAGAAAAGGAGCUACCAAUCACGCCACUCGACAAAUUUAUGGCUGGCCACGAGCUGCACAGAACCAUGACCUCGCCAGCAAUGCAACAAGCCCAGCCGCUGGAUCAAUACUCUCCCGGGGUCGAGACACCUUUGCCACCGUCUUCACGGGUAAACGUUCUCGUCGUUGAAGACAAUCUGAUCAACCAACGCCUGUUAUGCAAACUCAUCACGAAACAUGGAUACGACACAACCACCGCAAACAACGGCGAGGAAGCACUUGCAUUCAUAGCAAGCUCCACCUGGAACCCUGUGCACACUAAGAAAGACAGCGAUAUUGUCCCAACAAUUGACAUCGUCCUAUGUGAUAUCGAGAUGCCGAUUAUGGACGGCAAGACCUGUGCGCGCCGUGUACGGCAGCUCCAGCAAGAACAUUUGCUUACUCACUAUAUCCCCAUGAUUGCGAUUACGGGAAAUGCGCGCCUCGAGCAGGUGGAAGAGAUGAGACAGUGCGGUUUCAAUGACGUUGUCACUAAGCCGUAUCAGAUCGAUCAGUUGCUGAGAAUUAUUGAACGGCAUGUGAGGAAACGCGAUGAGUACUCGGAUACUGAGGAAGAGUGAUGACGAGAAUUGAUAACCUCAGACUUUGCAGAAGUCGAUUAUGCACACAAAAUACACGUAAGAGCGAGUGGUCUCCCAUACAGGACUAUGUCGCGACUAGAAAUACCCAAUCACAACCAGUCAUAAGUAAAAUCUACCAAUCCAGAGAUUUAGUAUCGACUCGGGCACGCACUCAUUU